CAAUUCCUAUCUGAAUACUUCCUCUAGAUUUGCCAUCGAUAAUCUGGUCAAACGCCUGGAGGAUGCAAUGUUUUCCCGUUCAAUGUCCUCAACGUCGGAUGUUUUCGCGGUCCCCAGGAACCACGCUUAAUGUCCAGAUCAUAUUGUCUGAAAGCAAGACUAAGGACAGCCAAAGGUUAUUUCCCUAUCUACGUCCUCAAAAACAUGACAGGUUAUGUAAAAUGGGUGUUCCUUUCAAAUGCCCUAUAGGAAGAGCUGCAAGUCAUCGGGUGAUUGGCUCAACGUUUUUCAGACCCAGAUACUGAGAGGCGAGGUGAACAUCGGAAGGGCAAACCCUGCCCCGGCGUAGAGGCCAAACCCAUGAUUUUGUUGGCAUCUUCAAUAAGACUGCUUGCAAUCUCAAUGGUGUCGCUAUAAGAACCAUGGAGCAGAAUCGGAGGAGAGCUUUGCACAAGACUCUUUCAUUGCAAGCAGCACCGAGUGGGUUCGUGGAUGAACUACCCGUCAACGCGGAAAUAGGUCCGAUUAGCAUCUGCCAGACCAACUUGCAGUGUUUCAGAUCAGACAAACGUUUCGUUGAUCGAAUAGAUGUUCAUAGAACGUUGUGGAUAAACCUGACGAGCUUGUUAUAGCUUGAUCCGGAUAUUCCCCCAGACGAAAUGCAAAGUGGGCCUUGAAUUAGAAAUUUACUGUUCUGGGGGCUGUCAUACGUAGGAAACGAAAGGCGUGGAUGACUACACCCCUUCAUACCAGUGCAUGGAGGUUUUAAUGCUCAUACAUAGCUCCGACAAUCACUGUGAGGAAGACGGUGUCAUGAGUUGCAAACAGACCUGUUCCUCAGCGCUCAGCCACGAAACAUCGGUGAUUGCUGUUGCUUUCACCGUUCAGUGAACAGUAACUUGGUGACGUCAUUUAAAUGCAUAGAAUAUGUGACUGCGAGAAUUUCUACUAAAA